AUGCUUACCUUAUCCAAAAAGAGCAUUAUAUUGAGCUUAGGGCUUCAGCAACUACCAAUACCAGCAGCCAUGGUUCUCAAGACGGAACUUUGUCGUUUUAGCGGGGCCAAGAUAUAUCCUGGGAGGGGUAUCAGAUUUGUUCGUUCAGAUUCUCAGGUGUUUUUGUUCGCAAACUCAAAAUGCAAGAGGUACUUCCACAACCGACUGAAGCCUUCAAAACUUACUUGGACGGCCAUGUACAGGAAACAGCAUAAGAAGGACAUUGCCCAAGAGGCUGUAAAGAAGAGGCGGCGUACCACCAAGAAGCCUUACUCUAGGUCCAUUGUGGGUGCCACUCUGGAAGUGAUCCAGAAGAAAAGAACUGAAAAGCCAGAAGUUCGCGAUGCUGCCAGGGAGGCUGCUCUGCGUGAAAUUAAGGAAAGGAUCAAGAAAACAAAGGAUGAAAAGAAGGCAAAGAAGGCAGAAGUGAUGGCCAAGGUACAGAAGACUGGUGGUGGCAAGGGUAACAUGGCCAAGGGUGCUGCCCCAAAAGGUCCUAAACUUGGAGGUGGUGGUGGAAAGCGUUGAACUACGUGGUAGGUAAUGUUACUGUAUCAGAGUACUAGGUAGGUUGCUGGGUUUUUCGAAAGAAGUUGAUUAGUAUUGUCAACGAAAAUGUUGUUUGCAUUUCUUUUAUCAUGAUUGAAUAUGAGUAAUCUCUAGUUUUGAAUGGAUUUUUGCUUUUGGUUGGAAUGCAGUUAUUGAUAUGGAUUUAUUGAUUGCCCUUUGUGCGCAUGUAGCAGUUUGGUGGUACUUCUGAUUUUUAAGUUG